AUGGCCGUUUUGUACUUCUUUGGCGAACCGAAAACGGUUUUCGAUUGUGCCAGAUUCAUUUGCAUCAUUCAGUUUUUACUGGGCUGCAAUGGAUUCGGCACACGUGGAUCGCACUUUAGGAUCAGUCGCUGGAGAAGGAUCUACUCGCUGUCGGUGGCCACUUUUGCGUUAAUCGGUCUUUUUGGUUCCCUGAGCGUCCUUUUGGCCGCCGACGAUGUAAAGGAACGGCUUGAGAAGGCCGACGGUCUGGUGCUGAGUAUUGCCGUUCUGGAGUUGGUCAUGUCCACCCUGGUCUUUGUGGCCACCGUGAUAUCCCUGCAAAUAGCUGCGCAUCGUCACUUGGGAAUCUACUUAAAACUGGCUGCCCUGGACUACCGGCUGGUAAGCGACUUUGGAGCCAAUCUCAACUACAGGAAAAUGCUGAGGAAGAACAUAGUGGUACUGGGACUGGUCACCCUCAUCUAUUUGGUGGCCAUCAACUGUGCCGCAAUCCAGGUGACCAGUGGCCACAGACCUCUCUUUCUGCUGUUCGCCUUGUGCUAUACGAUUGUCACCGGAGGACCCCAUUUCUCGGGCUAUGUGCACAUGACCCUGGCCGAAAUGCUGGGCAUCCGUUUCCGGCUGUUGCAGAAACUACUUUGCCCGGAGUUCCUGAAAUGGCGGUUCCCGCAGACACAAGUGCGCGAGUUGCGUAUCCGCCAGGUGGUGUCCAUGGUCCAGGAGCUGCACUUGCUCGUCCAAGAGAUCAACGUGGUAUACGGCUUUAGUUUAUGGUCAGCAAUGGCCCACGACCUGGCCCUGAGCACCAGUGAUUUGUAUAUUCUUUUCGGCCAGUCCCUGGGCAUAGGACAGGACCAGCAGGAUGAGGAUGAGGCGGAGCAGGGUUAUAGGUAUCGCUUGCUCUUCUAUGUGACCCUCUGCAUGUUUCCGCCACUCUACAAGCUCCUCAUCGCCCCCUUCUACUGCGACCGAACCAUUCGCGACGCAAGAAGUUGUCUACGCCUUAUCGAGCAACUGGACAUCUGGUUCCCACAAAAGUCCUCGAUGCGGCCCCUGGUAGAAUCCUUGAUGUCCUGGCAGAUGCAGACCAAGACUGAGUUCACCAGUGGCCUUGAUAUCGUUCUCAACCGCAAGGUUAUCGCCAUGUUCACAUCGGUUCUGGUCAACUAUCUGCUUAUCCUCAUCCAGUUUGCCAUGACCCAGAAGAUGGGCGAGCAAAUCGAACAGCAGAAGAUUGCUCUGCAGGAGUGGAUUGGUUACUAA